AGAAAAACCAAGAUAUACGUAUGCUGUACCUCCCUUUAAACUACAGACAAAAGUAGGCUCUUUCAAGCCCUGUCAACAGUCUGUUGAAUCAGAUUGUAAAAGUGUGGUGUUUUUAAGAAAAAUAGUACUGUAUUGAUUACAGGUUUAAUAACAGUAAGUUAUUUGUUGGUAAGUGGCAAUGAACUGUUUGCCAUUUCUUAAAAGUAUAACUUCUUGAGACAUGUAAGAAUGGAUAAUAAAGAGAAACAUUACAAUAAAGCUUAAAAAAACUGCUUUAAAGUAUAUGAAAACACUAAAGCUUACAAUUAACCCUAUUAAAGUGUUUACUGGUUUGGCAGACCCCAUGCACCAAAAUAAUCUGCUCUCAGUGUAAUAUCCAGAAAUUAAAAUUCCCAUUGCUGCCACAUUUAUUAAGCAAAGUAGCAUGUUUCACUCAGCCUUAACUGUACCUCACCCUAAUACAAAUUCCAAUAUACCUGAGUAUAUUUUUAGCAAAAAGUAAAAAAAAAAAAAAAAUUAGUUGAUUCUUCCUUGCCCUGGUGUAGAAUUUAACCAAAUUUGUGAUAGUACAGAAUUUUCAUAGCUAGCCUCUUUAUAGUUUGGGUUAAGUUUUACAUAUUUCCUCAAAUUACCUGCUUCUAGAGUGCCUUAAGAAUGCCAACAGUGAAAAAAGUAGUAAAAGGGGGCCUGUUGGCAGCAUACAUGCUCUCCAGAGCUAUAAAGUAGAACUAGCCAAACAUCAUAUUGUAAAUCUUUAUGCCAUUAGUUACAUAAGCUAAGGAGGCUACCAUAUCUCAGUUUUCAAUCCAGACAUAGCAUAUCUGUGUGAACUGAAGAGCAAAAAUCAGACAAGAGAAAAGUAAACUUCAAAUACCACUAGACAAUUACGUUGUAUACUUCCAGUGUAGAAGAACUGUAGAGUACCUUGAAGUUGUAAUUGCAGCUUUACAAGAACAACUGCAGCUCUUAAAAAAUAAAAAUAAAAAAAAAGGAGGGUAAAAUGCCUCUCUCUCUCUCUAUAUAUAGAGAGAGAGAGUGCACAGUCUUUCAGUGAGGCUAUAGCAGAGUUUUAUUUUUGGAGGCAAUAAAACUACUGAACAGUACAGCUGCACUCCUACAGAAUUCUACAUCUCUGCAUGACGUUGCCUAAGGCACUGUUCAUUGGACAAACAGCUGUUUUACUAAAUUGGUUUUCUUGCUUAAUUCUUUCUCAAGUAUCCCUAUGCUAUUGCAUCAUUCCAUGAAAAACAAAUCACGAACAUACUGUGUAAGGUUUGUUGCAACAAAACAUUUCUACAUUAUCCCUUAGGCAGUCCUGCCCUGAAUAUGCAUUUGCAAAGGCUAGUAUUCACUGCUUGUUCUAACCAGGUCUAAGAUUAAAAGGAUUAAGAAAGCUCAACUUUCGGUGGUGGUUCAGAAGCACAUGAUUAGCAGAGCUGGCAUUACAAGUGGUAUCGAUGAAACUUGCACUUCAGGUGUGCUGUUUUCCUCUCCCUCCAUUUUGUAAAGAAUUUACGUUCAGAAGCUCUUCUUGCUGCAGAGCCCAGAAUAUGAACUGAGAUCAUCAGCUCUGUAUAUGAACCGUCGUUGGAAAAUGCUGGAUGAAAACCAAUGUAUGCUGGAUCUGGAUGUGUAUCAGUGAGACAGCCAUGAUCAGGUGUCUGUCUUUCAAUGUUCUUGUGGGUAGAAUCACAUACAGAACAACUUCUGUAGAAACACGUCUAGUUAAGACUGAACACCAGAGAAGCACUGUGGUAGAAAUGGGCUUCGUGUCAUGUUGGCUUCCUGUUUAAAAAAAAAAAACAGAAGGCUGACAUAAUUUUAAAGGGACAGCAACAAAGUGAUGACCAAGUGCCAAGUGCCAGCUGCCCUUAUUCACCAGAUUGAACAAGAAUUGGAUAAAGAAGAAGAAGAGAUAAUGAUUUUCCUAUGCCGAGACCUUGCUCCUGACUUAGCUACUGCAGACCUUAGAGAGCUCCUGGCGGGUUUGAAUGAGAGGGAGAAACUGUCUCCUUUUGGCUUGUCUGAGCUGUUGUACAGAGUUAAGAGGUUUGACUUGCUGAGGAGGAUCUUGAAGACUGAGAAGGCAACAGUGGAAGCUAAUCUUGCCAGGUGUCCCAGACUUGUUCCCGACUACAGGGUACUAAUGGUAGAGAUUAAUGAAAAUCUGGAAAAAGAAGAAGUGAAUUCUCUUGUUUUCCUCCUCAGAGAUUAUGCACCUCGCAUGAAAAUGACAAAAGAUAAGAGUUUUCUAGCUCUUGUGAUUGACCUGGAGAAACUAAAUUUGGUGGCUCCUAAUCAACUGGAUUUGAUAGAAGACUGUUUUCGAAACAUUCACAGGAUGGACCUGAUUAAGAAGAUUCAGAAGUACAAACAAGAAGCUUUAAUGUCCUCCGUUCAUUCUCAGCCAGUGUAUGUAAAUGCACUUCAGGCAUCUCUCCCUAAUCUCACUCUGAUUGAUCCCCCUUACAAUUCAGGGAUCCAGAAUGUGAACCAGCACAAAACACAAAACAGACAAAGCCUUAUUCAGGCAGAACCAUUCCAUUUAUCAAUUCAGGAAUCAGGACCAAUGUUACACAAGGUGUUUGAUGAUCAAUACAGAAUGCAAAGUCAGCCUUUAGGAGUGUGUCUGAUCAUAGACUGUAUUGGCAAUGACUCAGAUAUGUUGGAAGAGACCUUCGGAGACUUAGGCUAUGAUGUUCAUUGUUACAGGUAUUUAAAUAUGGAUACCAUGAAUCAAACCUUGCAUGAAAUUGCAAGGUUACAGAAGCACAGAAAUUGCGACAGUUUCAUCUGUGUGUUGGUCAGCCGGGGAAGCCCUCAGAGCAUAUUCUGUACAGACCAGACCUUUUCUGGAUUCCCUUUGGAGCAAAUAAAGAAAUACUUUACUGCAGACUCAUGUCCUGAACUCCUAGGAAAACCAAAGCUCUUCUUCAUUCAGAGCUACAUUGUGCCAGAAAGUGAGCAAGAAUGUACUAGUCUGUUGGAAGUAGAUGGGAAUGAUGAGAAGAUCAUUGCUAAUGCAAAAAUCCCAUGGAAAGUCACUAUCCCCCAAGUAGCAGACAUCUUUUGGAGUCAGUGCAAGGUGGAUGUGUCUAUACUAGAAAGCUCUCCAAGUCCAUCCUCGUAUUAUCUACGUUGUCUGGCUGAGCUACUCCGCGAUCCCCAUAAAAGGAAACUCUCUGUGUUAGACAUCCAUACAGAACUGAACAGAGAAGUCUAUGAGUGGAACAAGACCAUUGACCCAAGCCGGCAAUACUCACUUCUGCUCCAGCACACAUUGAGGAAAAAACUUUUUUUUUCUCCUACUUAACCGCUGUUGGAAAGUACAUGUCUGAAAUAGCUAAAAGAAAUACUUGCUAAGGUCCAGACACACCUUCAUGCAGUUUCACUUUAAGCACUGUUAUUACCUGCGUACCUCAAGUGCCUGUUGCUUCUCAACCUGGGGAUUUAGAAGUGUUAAGGCACUAGAUUUGGUAUUUUAAUACAAAAGUCUCAGAAAACUUGGAUAAGAAUGGCAGCUAUUGUAUAAAACUGCAACAGAUCUUGCAACCAAAUGCAACAGGUAAACAGUGUGGAAAGAGCUCUAAACUAUAGCUGUUGGGUUUUUCAGAGUUCUGUGUUUUUGUUGCUUGUUUUUUAGCAUACCUGUUAGCAGUGCACUGAUCUCGGCUCUUCUUCUGAUGUUUAAAGUGAAGACAAAUCUGUGCAAACCACUGAUAUUCACUCAAUACCUUUCCCGGCACCUAAUAAUGGAGAACUUGUCAGGAGAGAAUGCCUUCCCAGCAGCUCUAGUUCUCCUGUAGCAAUGGUCUGGCUUGCAUGCCUGCAUAGACUGUAGCAAAACAAAAUGAAGAGAAAAAUGGUCUUUAAAAUAAUUUGAAUUCCAUCUGCCUGCUGCAUUAGAGGUUGUGAUUCAUCCAGAACCCCCUGUGUCCUCAGUGCUCUCCACAGGACCUAAGGGUUUGCGUGGUUCUAAAUCGGGCAGUCUGCCAUGUCUUGGACUAAUUUUGCUUUCUGCUGGUACAAGAGAGUCUUCAUACGGCAGGGCCUUACAGUAAUAAAGUUGCACAGUUUAAAAAUGUGGUGUUUGGCAGAUGUUCUGUGAAAGCUGAAACGUGAUUCAUACUUGCCACAUCAAACAGAGCUAUAAAAAUACGCUGUUUAUCACAUUUGAACCUGAAUGUCUUUUAGCAACCACUGGCUCUUAAGGCAGGAUUACAUUCCCCUUCCCUCCCUCCUUUUGCUUAUGGAAAAGGGUGUGUCUUCAAUUAACUUGUUUUCAGUUGCCUUUGUUCUUCUGGAGAAGACAUGAGAGAAAAUUGCCUAAAAUGUAGCAGUAUUUUUUUCAAUAAGGCAGAUGCCUACCAUCAACAUUCAGACCUGAUUGCUAUAUAACACUACAACCUGGAUGAGUUGUAUUGAGAUUUACUAUUGCUGAAUUUACGGCAUUCUCCUUCCUAAAAUAAGCCACUUGCAAACUUUCAGUAUUCUUAAUAAUUAAGUCUUCUAUCUGGGAAGGGACUUCAAGACCUUGGCUUACCUUGCUUGGUUUCUGGUGUAGUUAUGCCAUGCAUCCUUGUGGUGCAUAUGUAUGUCAUGCAAGCAAAAAGAAAAGUUUUGUUUGGUGGUGGUGUUUUUUUUGCUAAUACAGUGUAUGCUAGUUCCUUGAACAAAAAAAAAAAAAAACUGCAGAAGACUUUUUACUAGUAUAGCUGUAUUUGAUUUGAAUAAAAAUCACAUGUGGUAAUCUAUAUGAUUUUGCCAACAAUGCUUUUCAUUGUCAGCUGGGUCUCGCAGGCAGCUAGUAGUAGUAUAUUGCUACUAAUCAUGAUGGCAUGGCCAAUACAUUUAUUUUGGUAGCAAUGACUUUUUUUCCUCAAUACCCUGUUGUAUUUCCUAGGUGUUAGCUUGACAUUAUUUUUAAUAACCUUUUUUUUGGAAACUACAGUUCUUAAGUUUCAUCAGAAAAAACAAGUAACUUUCAUAAUUGAAACUGAUAUUCACAAUUAUUUGGCAAAGAGUAGAUAUCUAUAUCUGAUAAGCACUCAGGAGUCCUUCCUUGUUAUAUGGUGCAAGUCCACUCUCUUCCUGACCUAAGAGGUUCCUAAACUGCUGAUUGAUUGAGGACUGUUAGAGUCUAUCAAGAGAAGAAACCCGCUUAACGAGUAUUACCUUAUAUUCUUUUCUUAAGCAUCCAUAAACAAUUGUAAGAUCAAAAACAUAUUUAUUUAUAUUAAUAUAUAAUUUUGUAUAAUACAU